AUCCGCGUCAUACGUAUGUUUCGUAUAUUAGCAUAAAUGACUGACGCCAUUGUUUCCUUUCCGUGUAGACGCGACUCUUUUGAGGAUUUUUCACCUGUAAAAAUGGAAGACACUGUAAAUAUGAGUGAUUACAUCAGCGUAUCUGAAAAUGAAAGCGACGAAGCAGUAGAGAUACCAAGAGAGGAAGACGGAACACUGCUUCUAUCGACACUUUCAGCUCAAUACCCAGGAGCAUGCGGUCUCAAAUUCAGGAACCCAGCCACAGGCAAUUUCCGGGGGGUUCGUCUGAUUGAUGGAAAGCUUCACCCUCCAGACUCAGCAUGGGGAAACGACACGUACAUUGUUGUCUUCCCGAGACCAAAUUCGUCACAGUCAGAAAUCCAAGAAACGGAAAACCAAAUUCAUCAUAUCCAAAGUUUAGGUGACAACAAAAGGAAGGGAGAUGACAUGGAGAAUCCUGUUAUAAAGACAAAGCGAGUUGAGACCAGAAACGUCUGCAGUGACCUGAUUGUCCUUGGCCUGCCUUGGAAAGCAACAGAAGAGGAUGUUAAAGCUUACUUCACAGACAAUAUCGGCGAAGUUGUCCUAGCACAGGUAAAACGUGAUGCCAAAGGGAAUUCCAAAGGUUUUGGCUUCAUCCGCUUCAGCUCAUACAAGGACCAGCUGAAAUGUUUACAGCAACGCCACAUGAUCAUGGGUCGAUGGUGCGACGUCAACAUUCCUAACUCCAACGUCAGUGCCAGUGAAACUGCACAGAGAGCUAUGAAUAGUAAAAUAUUUGUUGCUCGAUGCUCAGAAAAGAUUACAGUGGACGACUUGAGGACAUAUUUUGCAAAAUUUGGUGAAGUGACCGAUGUAUUCAUCCCACGACCCUUCCGAUCAUUUGCCUUCGUGACAUUUCAGGAUGCAUUGGUGGCUCAGAGUCUCUGCGGAGAGGACCACAUAAUCUGUGGAUGUAGUGUCCACUUGAGCAGUGCUGCACCAAAAACCAACAGCAAGAUGGGUGGGGACCGUCAGGGAGGGUUCCGGGGCAAUGACUUUGGGCGAGGUGGUGGAAUGGGUAUGGGAAUGGGGAUGCCUCAGGGAGGUGGAGGAGGAGGAGGAGGACAAGGGCAAGGGUGGGGUGGUCAGAGAGGCAACCGACCCCAAGGAAACCCUGGAGGUGGAGACGGAAACGACAACAUGGGCAUGAAUUUCCUGAAUAUGAUGGCAGCUGCACAGGCUGUGCUUAGUGGACAAGGGGGCUGGGGACCACUGGGGAUGGGAGGACAGAACAAUAGCAAUGCAGAACCAUCAAUGGGGCAGCCUUUUAACCAGAGUUCACCACGUCCUGACAGUGGAAAUAACCAGAGGUCAUUCAGUGGCUGGGGUGGGGGGUCCUCGGGAGGAGGAUCAGGGUCGGGGGGGACACCGUUUGAAGGUGGUAAUAACAACAGUGGCGGCAGUGGUUCAACCGGUAGUGGCAGUGGAAACAGUGGGGGCUACAGCAGUAACUGGAGUGGACAGAACAGGUGGAACUAAUAGGGUAUUGAAAACUGAGAGGGGUGGGGUGCCCAUUUUUUAACGAGUGAUAAAUUUAGGCUUAGAUGGAUUUUCAACAAUUCUCCCAUCAUUUUCAUUAUCGCAAACAUAUUCCAUCUUCAUCCAAUUCAUUCUAUCAGCGCAUAUAUUUUCAUAGGGUUAACAUUGCUGGGGAAUGUAGAAUUAAUGAAGUAUAAAAUUCAUAUUAUAUUAUAGAUACUAGCUUUAGGAAAUAUGAAAAGGGUUUUAUUCAUUCAUUGAAUUUUUUUUUAUUUGAAAACAAAUAUCUAGUUAAAAUCAAUUAUUGAAUUAUUGUUAUCAAAAACAUUAAUGUGAUCAUGGGCAUAGAAAAAUUGAAGCUGAUUUUCUGUGUUGAAAGUGGUCGAGUGUACCAAUAUCAUUUCUAGUUUGAGAGCUCACGGAUCAUGGUAUCAUUUUGGGGGCGAGAGUUUGUGGGUAAUGAUGUUAUUUUGGGUUGAGAGGGUAUGGGUGGCAAAUUUAUACAGCAACGUUUGAGCAUAGAGCAAAAAAAGAGUGCACAGGAUUGAUCUGCAGACAGAGAGAGCUGGGCAACAAUGAGAGGAGGAAAACUAGUAACCUUGAGAGAGAGACAUGGCCGACUGAAUGACCGACAACAGGUGGAACAUGGCUGAGCAGACCGAGUUGAGUCGUGUUUUAUCAAUAAUUGUCUGCCAAAAAACGUUAUCUUUCCUUGUGUGUAAAACAGUAUGAGCCAGUUUCAAGAAAGUGUGUAAGACUUUGGCUGACAACUGAUUGAUUGAACAGUGUCUGAAUCAUUUUAGAUGUGCAAAAUUUGUGCAUUGGAUUUUUGCGUUUUGUGCAGUAUGUUUGAAAUUACAAAUUAACUUCAGACAUUGAGGAGAUUGAAUUUUGGAGUGAUGAAAGUGUACCGACAUUGUUGAUGACUUUCACGUGCAAAGCUGAGACUGAAGAAUAUUUUUGUGCCGGAAAGGGAUAGUUUUUACAAAAGUAUACAUUUCUUUUUAGUUGUAGUUUUUGUUGUGAGUCUUGUGAUGUACAUGGAUGUUGUAUGCAUGUGUACAUAUUAUACCAUGUUGGCGAGAAA